AUGAAGCAACAGCAAAUUCGACAGGAGUCGCUGGAGAGAAUGCAGUUAAUUAUUCGACAAAUGAGUGAGUGUGGCAGCAAGACUGGAUCGGUUCACGAUCCCAAUCGAAAGGUGUCCGACUGGCUGACCGAGAUUCAUUCCGAUGUAUUCGAUACCGAAUCGGAAAGCGGAAAAGCCGACCCUCUACCGGAACUGAAACCACCGGUUCCUGUCAUUUAUCACCUGAAUCCCGACUGUGCAAACCCUUCAGAUCAAUAUCCGAAUCCGUCAACUCCGCCCGGAGUACCGAAACCAAUCGAUCAAGCUUCUAAUUGUACGGCACAGCCGGGACUACCGUUAACUACGCCUAGCGUUUCGAUACCAUUGGGAUCAUCACCGUUACCAAAAAGCCUGCCGCCAAUAUCGGAGGUUCUGCCGGGAAUUUCAAAGCCACCGAGACAACAACCGGUCUCUGAUAAACCUCCGAUUCCGCGGCGAUCGCUGGACAAUCCGGGCCUGAGCGAUCAACCAGCCACUAUGACAGAUAAACCAUGCCAACGGAACCGCAAAGACUUCCUCAGCCAUCUGACUACCCAGUUCCGAGUGCUCCGAAUCCAUGGAAUUCGCUAUCUACCGAUGUCAUGGUGGCCACCGGGGUUCCCUUCGCCAUUCGUACAACGUCCGGCACCACCCGCUAUUUCAAAUCCAUUGGGACAGCAAAAGAACUCGGUGGCAGAUAAUCUUCCGGCUAAUCCAUCGGGCCCAGUUAAAAAUCCAUCGCCAAACCGUCCAUUAACGAUUCCGAGAUUACCGCCUAAAAGAGAUAGACCAACUGACCCUUCAUCGAUACCACCGAGUCGACCUGCAUGUCCAACGCCAAGUGUGGUAUCCGCCGGAAUCCCAGGCACAGUCCAAACCCGAAUCCACUACGUUCGAUCCUACUGA